CUGCUAUCACCCUCGCUCGUCCAAGUUCGUGCGCAUUUGUAGCCGACGUCAAGUUGAGAAAAAAUGUCGACCCUCGAGAGUCGAAUGGCAAAUAUGCGAAGAGUUCUCUAGUAGAGUCGCCAAGUCCAAUCCUCUCACAUUGGGGUCUACUCCUCGCCAAUUCGUGUCUUCUCUGUGUACAUAUAUAAACAUCAUCGAAAUCUUGUUGUUAUCGUUAUUCAGUCGUGAGUUUGUUGAAGAGAGCCAGUGGCUGAGAGAGAAUAAAAGUGAGCUCAUGUCUUAGGCCACCUCAAAACGGGGGCAACGGUCAGACACUAUUGCACCAAGUGGUGUCACACAAAGCAUCAUAGCACAAGUACAACAAAAAGCAAAAGACUUAAGAGCAGCCAUUCCCCGCAGAACGUGUAACUAGUGACAUCUGUGAAAAUGUGCGUGGAAGCAUAGAACCAAUGACAAAGCAAUCGAUCUGCCAAAUGAUGCAAAUAACCUACUAGCACAAUCAAAGCCAGGCUGUGAACCCGAGUGUCAUCAGAACAUAAUCGCCAUCUCAGUAAUUUUAAACACACGUCCAAUCAUGGUGGAUAUCGUCCCGAACUCGCAACGAAUCAUCGGACACGGCGCUUUUUCCGUUGUGUCCGUGGCUGUCUUGAAAGCGCGCCCCAAUCAACCUGUGGCCAUCAAGGCCAUCACCAAGAAGAAUUUGAACAAGUCCCAAAAUCUUCUGAGCAAAGAAAUCAAAAUCCUUAAGGAACUGACCGAACUCCACCAUGAUAACGUGGUCGCGCUUUUGGAUUGCAAGGAAACCACCCAACAUGUCUAUCUUGUCAUGGAGUAUUGCAAUGGAGGUGAUCUAGCGGAUUACCUAGCUGUCAAAGGCACCCUCAGUGAAGAUACAAUCAGACUCUUUCUAGUCCAAUUAGCCGGUGCCAUUAAAGCUUUAGUGAGCAAGGAGAUUGUCCAUCGGGACUUGAAACCGCAGAAUAUUCUCUUGCACCAUGACGGCCGAAAAAAUCCGGCACCUCAAGAUAUCAAACUCAAGAUCGCGGAUUUUGGAUUCGCCCGAUUUCUCCAGGAUGGAGUUAUGGCUGCCACUUUGUGUGGAUCUCCAAUGUACAUGGCUCCGGAAGUCAUCAUGUCAUUGCAAUACAAUUCCAAAGCGGAUCUCUGGAGUUUGGGCACCAUCGUCUUUCAAUGCCUGACUGGCAAGGCCCCAUUCCAAGCUCAAACUCCUCAGGCCCUGAAGCAGUUCUACGAGAAGAACGCCAAUUUGGCUCCGAAGAUACCCCCGGGAACGUCCAAGGAUCUGAGAGACCUACUCGUGGGCCUCUUGAAGCGGAACGCCAAAGAUCGCUUUGAAUUCGACGUGUUCUUCAAUCAUCCCUUUUUGAGGCGGGUCCAAGAAAACUCGGGCCCCAAACCCAUCACCACGAGAAGCCCAGCCACUCGACCAGUGGCCGUGCCACCGCCCACCCGAUCCUCCAGCUCCACCCCAAAGAACUCGAUCCCGACCUCAUGCGGAAGUGCCCAAUCUCCUGGAGCUUCUGGGAUGCUCCCUCCUUCGCCUGCGGUCAGAACUGGCAUGAUUUCAUCUCCACGUGGCAGCCUACCCAGAUACAUGGAUGCUUAUGAAGCUCAGCGGCUUACCGAAGUUAAGCCUGAAUCCAGCCCCGACAACCAAGAGCCAGAUGAUUUUGUCAUGGUGCCCGAUCACCUGACGAUGGAUGCUGUCGAGCAUCGCAAAAGUGGAGGCCCACAACAAGGAGGGGCUGGCUAUUCACCGGGAAUGCGGCGUCAUACUGUGAGCGGAGCUCCUCGUCCUGUCUCUCUUGCCGUGCAACAGAGUGAACCAAUACCCGUUCCAUCUCAAAAAGCGGCUUACCAGCAAAUGCAGCAAAGCAGCAUGACUCGAUCACGAAGCAAGAGUGGAGAUUCCGUGUCUGCCAUGUCUGGCGUGAGUUCAGCUAGCGGUGGGUCCACAUUGGGACCUCUGCCUGAAGAUGAAGAAGCUCCAGGAAAGGGUGGCUUAGCUCAAGCGAGUCCGUCUGUGGUACGACGACACCGAGCGAGCUCCGUGUCCAGUCCGACCUCGAGCCCCAAAUCACCGGGUGGGAAGUCCAUCAAAACUAGACGGAUUUCUGCACCUCCCAUCCCUGACAUCUGCCAAAUGUCGCCACCUCCAGUCCAAUACACCAUGGGCACCCCACCUUUGGGUCACAGACGACGAACGAGUUCCAGCUCUAGUUGUGGAGGAGCCAGUCCCCCCAAUGUCAUGUGGCAAGUGUCCCCCAAUAGUCCAGCCCCACGACUCACUCCAUCAGCUUCACCCAUUCGGCGUGUGGGCUCGGGGACACAAAUGUCCAACUUCCCCAAUGUCCCCUGCUUAUCCCCAAUUCUGGGAUCGCCCAACAAAGCCAUGGAACGCGAUUCGUCCGCUUUGGUUCGACUAUCCUCUUCUAGGGCCUCGAACUUGUCCUCGUCCCGUGCAGCCACAGUGCCCGAGAAUCUCUCCAAUUUGCAAGAGGACUUCAACACCAAACGUCGCUCGGCCGAGCUAUCGUAUGGCCGCAACGUUGUUCUGAACUAUGGAGGCCAAUCUGGCUUUCCGACCCUGGGUCCUCACCCCAUUUUCGAACGCUCCACAUCCCUCAACAGCCUGACUAGACGAACCUCGUUCUCUGGCAAAGAGAACAUGGGCCCCAUGCUCUUACCCGACUUCUGCCCACCAGAUCUGUCUGAGGAUACUCUCAUGGCUCCCGAGCACAACGAAAUCUUGAACAAGCUCAAGUUCAUCCUCGUUUUAGUGGACACUAUCAUCGAGGUGGCCCGGGCCAAGGCUGCACCACUCUCAGUCCUGGCGGAAUCCAUGACCCCGAGGAAUGCGGAAACUGGAGAAUUGGACACAAAUUCACCUAUCCAUCGCCGCCUCCAGCAACUCUUGCUUCACAUGCGCUGUCUGCACCUCUUGUCCCAGACUUUGGAUUUCUCGAGAGCUGAGCUUCAAUCCAAGCGUCUGAAGCCGAGUUCCAGCGUCAAAAAUGUCAUUGCCACGUUGAAUGAAAGGUUUCGGCAUUGCAUUUCAAUGGUGAAAAUGCUGAAUUCCGAUAACAUCUUGGCUCAGAGUGGCUUGGACGCUCAAAGUACUUCCAUGACCGCAGAUAAGAUUCUCUACGAGUACGCCAUAGAGCAAUGCCAAUCGGCUGCUUUGGACGAAUUGUUCGGCAAUCCCGGGGAAUGCUUCCAGCGUUAUCACGGAGCCCAUGUCAUCUUGCACGCCCUACAAUGCCACACCCAAAACGAAGAGGAUAAGAAUGCCGUGACCGUGUACAAAGAAGCGGUUGAAAAGCGGUUGAGUGUUCUGGAGAGCGAGGGCUUUGUUCGCACAUUUGAUACCAAUGUACAUUGAGUUGCUGCACCCAUCUAAAACCUACUAUUCAUUCAGAGCAACAUGAGGCUCAUCCAGGGCCGAUCAAGUAUGGGACAGAAUCCUUUCUCUCAUUUUCUCAUAAGCAAACUGAAUAAGCAAAAAUCUGCUUUUUGCUCUCCGCUCCCACAAAAAAAAGCAUUUGUCACCCCUCUCCUGUCUAAUCCAUUUCGAGAAAAAGGUUUCAGUAAUUUUUUUGUUGCCAGAUGGCUUUGUAAAUAAUAGGUUCAACUAGCUACCUAGGUUCAACAAUAUUUCUGUUAGUUAUUGGCCAUGAUACAUGAGAGUAACAACAUCAUCUCAACACUCUCUACACAACCUGAAGAAUCGCCGUUAGUUUUGUGAUACAAUAACCCUUAUUUGUCAGCUUGUAAAAACACAAACUCGAAAAGCCAUUGCGUCGUUUGAAUGGUAAAGCCAGGCGAGAGGACCCUACAGCAGUAUUUCUAUUAAUUUGCCCUGAUUUAAAUAUAUAACUCCACUCUAAGCAUCGCUACAAUGUAAAUAUUGUAACUUAUAUAAUGUAUAAAGAAUAACCAACAUAAUAUUGAGAACAAUUACAUUGCUCUACAGGGUCUCUUUCCACUUGCCUUGGAAGACUUUGACUAGUAAGCAGCUUAUGGAAGCCAACACCAGCCAACCGAUUUUUUUUUUCAAGUUUCAUAUUCAUUCAGAUCCCCAGUCGUUUUGAAAUCCCCUCCUGUGAACACCCUCAUGAUAACGGCCAUCGCAAAGUUGUUGGUUGGGGGCCUUCGUAUUUUGUAAGAUAGUUCCGACCGUCUUUUUGGUCCACUAUUCCCUCAUUUCCGCUCUCUCUAUCUUUACACAUACAUGUAGAUUAAAAUUGCGUACCAUUGAUGUGUACUACAAUGUGUCUGACUAGAAGCCUUCAGAGACAACCUGCAAUACUGCAGAUUCCCUUGUGACGUGCGGAACAGUUUCCCAAAGCUCCGCGUCCUUCUCAUCACUAUUUUCCCCUGUUCACGUGCAUACAAACACACACUUUAUUUGUUUUGUCAGAACUACAAAAAAAAGAAAUGUCAAUAAAAAAAAUCAUAAAACAUAAAA